ACUACGCACGAUAGAAUGCGUCUCAUCCACAAACUGCUAGAAAUCUUAGUUUGGAUUAUAGACAUCUGAUUCAUCAAGGCCUACCACUUUUCUUUGCCACAUUGGAAAGUAUCAUUCGCCAACUGUUAAGUUUCACUGAGCAACUCACAGUGUCCCUUGUGCCCGGUUCGUCUCAGACUGUCUUCUCCGAAGGUACAGCCGGCACUGUGUUAUUGUAUUUUCACAUCAAAACAGGUUUAGGGAUCUUAAUAAUCAAACGUGUGAGGGUCGGGAGUUUAUUGACUCUUUCACCAGUUCCUUCCAUUCGCUAGCUGAAGGGACGAGGUUACAUGUACCUGGACGACGAAGUUUGCCAACUAUAAAAGAUUCACUGAGCCACCCCACAAGAUGGCGAUGGUGCGACCACCAAAUCGUCACCCGAGUGACAGUGAGGCGGCCAUGGAGGAUGUGAGCUUUGAGCAACAGGAGCAUGGGGAAAGUGGUGGCCAUCUUAGAAUAGAGGGCACCGAAGAGGAGGAUAAACCAUCGUGCCUUUGCAAAUAUCUGCCAAAAUGGUUUGGGGAAGAAUUCAGAGAAACGUUUCGCAUGGCGUGGCCUAUGAUUCUGAUAGCGGUUUUCCAGUACCUCUUGAUGCCAAUAACACUGCUCUUCUGUGGACAUCUUAACACCACAGAUUUAGGAGCCGUUGCCUUAGCAAACACAAUAAUAAAUGUGAUGGGCAUAGGCGUUGGGAAUGGUUUGACCACGGCGUGUGAUACCCUCUUCUCACAGACCUAUGGCGGAGCAAAUCUGAAGCAAUAUGGAGUUUGGUUGCAGCGAAGUUUGUUAAUCAUGUCGCUGGCAUGCAUUCCCUGCUGGUGUAUCCAUCUGAACACUGAAACACUGUUAGUGCUGCUGGGUCAAAACAGAGAGCAGGCCGCGAUAGCUGGGAGGUACAUGGUCAUAUUUGUACCAGGUUUACUGGCUAAUUUUAUCUACCAAACGUUGGCGAAGUAUCUUCAAAACCAAAAUAUAGUGCUACCACUGAUUAUAGUAGGCAUAUGUGGGAAUCUUAUGAAUGCCUUGAUGCAUUAUAUCCUCCUAUUCGUAGUGGAGAUGGGAACAGAUGGUUCUGCCAUUGCCCAGGUCCUGGGCCACAGCACCUUCACUAUAGGCACUAUCCUUUAUAUUCUCGUAUCCAAAAAGUAUGAGGAAACCUGGGGUGGUUGGACGCUUGAUGCGUUCAAGCAAUGGGGCAUCUUCAUCAGGUAUGCUCUACCGGGGAUGUUCAUGCUUAUGCUGGAUUUCAUGUGUUUUGAGAUUGGUACCUUCACGGCGGGCUUAUUGAGCCAAGAAGACUUAGCAGCACAAGCCGUUAUUCUGCAGUUAGGCACCAUGGCAUAUCAGAUUCCUUGUGGAGCUGGCUAUACCUGCAGCAUUCGUGUUGGCCAACACCUUGGCGCCAAUAACCCAACAGCAGCCAAGCGGUCUGCCCUCGUGGCGAUGGCUGUCGCAUGUAUGGUGGCUGUUAUCACCGUCAUAUUAUUCACCAGCACGAGCACGGUUCUUCCCUUGGCUUUCUCUGAAGAUCCUGCAGUCGUAGCCAUUGCAUCGCAGUUGAUGCCAAUUCUCGCAGUUUUUGAAUUCUGUGACGCCAUAUCGGCUGUUAGUGGCGGCGCUCUAAGGGGUUGCGGUAAACAGGUGAUCGGCGCCCUGGGAAUCUUCGGGGGCUUCUACGGGGUCGGCAUCCCCAUUGCUAUGGUGCUGAUGUUCUUGACAGACCUUAGAACUGCAGGGUUUUGGUGGGGCAUGUGUAUCGGUGUGACUGCAGCAGCCACCAUUCUAUUUUUGGCCGCCAUUGUUUGUAACAACUGGCCGCGGGAGGCGAGAUUGGCAAUGCGAAGAGCGGGCAUUAAGAGAAAGCGUCGAGAAAGCCAAUACAGAUCCAAUUCCGUUUCGGGUUUCGAAAAUGACCUGCUGGCAGACGAAACAACUGACCUUCUCGAGCACAAAAAAUCAAGAAGCCCCAGCAUCUACUCAUGGGGAAGUACGUAUUCUGUUGGCAGUGAUAUCGACGAGGAAACACAAACACAAGGGAAUAAAUAUAUCUUCAACCGGAUCAUCGCCAUCUUGGUUCUUCUUGUGUUGCUCUCUGUUGCGGCCUACCUACAUAUUGAAUUAGUUAUGCCCUGGCCAGCGUCUGCGAUUUGCUUUUCGAGAAACAAUACAAAUAUGACAAUAUUUUCUAAUCAUUCAACCAUUCUCGUAAACAACAUCACUUAUCCAAUUUGUUGAAGAAUGUGCAAUGAACCAUCUUCAUAAUGAUGGUCAUUGAGACAGCAUGCGGCAACGAAAUGUGUAGACCGAAAUUUUUUAAUCGUUUCACUCUUUAUCGAAAUAAAUUACAAAAAUGUAUGUCGUUUAAAAUAAAACUGUGUCCACCAA